AUGUACCACCGGUACCUGAGCGCGCCCGACUGGGACGGAGAGCAGACGCGCAAAGAGUGGAGUCAGCUGCUGUUCGCGCACCCGGCCGACGUGAGCCUCUGGCGGAGGUACCUGGCAUUCCAGCAGCACGGGUCGGGGUUCGGGCUAACAGGCCUGCUCUCGGCGUUCGCGCGCUGCCUGGACCGCAUGCGCCAGUUCCAGGCAGGUCUGAUGAGGCCGCACCGUCCUCCCCCACGACUGGAACAGUUCAUGCUGGAGGUUCUCAGCCACCUGUGUCGGAUUCUGCGUCAGGCCGGCUUCAUGGAACGCGCCAUCGCCAUCUAUCAGGCGCUGUUGGAGCUGAACCUUUUCUCACCACCGCAAGAUGGCAGUGCGUUAGCGUCGACCCUUGCGGCCAUGGAGCCGUUUUGGGACGCUCGGCUGGCGCGGCUGGGCGAGCCUGGCGCACGCGGCUGGCCGGCCGAGCUGGCUGCUCGUCAAGAGCGCGCGCCAGACGAGAGCGCCGAGCCGGUCGAUGAGCUGGAGGAACGGCUGCUGGCCGAGCGGCGACCGCGGCCCGAGGUCUGGCGUCUGGUGGAGUGUCGGCGGGAGGAGCUCCAUUGGUUGCCAUGGGACCGGCCCGGCCGGGAGGACGACUGCGAGGACACCGACCGCAUCGUCCUCUUCGAGGACGUCAAAAGGUUUCUAUUUUAUCUGUCGCCGGAGCUGCUCGGCCGCGCCGUGGAGGACUUCGUCGCCUUCCUCAGCGGAGAGGAUAGCGAGGACACCAGCCCUGGGGACGACACGCUGGCACUUCUCGCCCUCGACGGGGGCGCCCUCGGUGCCUCGUUCUCCGUUCCUGCCGUCGGGUCCCGCAUGGACUCGUCCGAGUGCGUGGAGUAA